AUGGCGGAGAUCAGCCUGCGCACCGCCCUGGCCAUCCUGGUGGGAAUCUAUCUCCUCUACAAACUCCUCUCCUUUGUCCGCUUUUACAUCAUCGGUCGCCGCAGCGGAUAUCCCCUAGUCGUGACCCCUUUAUUCACUCAGCAUACGUUGUGGCAGAUCGUGGGCCCGACCUUUCAAGUGCAGCUGAAGCGCUACCUUCCCACAUGGCUCCACGAACAUGUUGAUAUCCACAUCCAUGGGUGGGAGUUUCGCCACAAGAAUGCCAUGCAUCGCCGAUAUGGGAAGGUUUUCGCCAUUGUAUCGCCUGAUGAGUGCUCAUUAUGGAUAGCUGACCCAACCGUCGGCACAACCGUCUUGCAGCGCCGCAAAGACUUCAUCCAGCCCGACGUCGUAGCCAAGUUCAUGGGCGUCUUCGGACCAACAUUAAUUCAGUCCAACGGCGAAGACUGGACCCGUCAGAGGCGCAUCAUCGCUCCUCAACUCAACGAAACCAUCAUGGGCGAGGUGUGGGAAGAGUCCUGUCGUCAGGCGCGCGCUAUGCUCGAGUAUCUCCUGCAGCAUCCUGGCGGUGACACCUUGACCGGGCUUCGCAGCAUAGCCAUCAAUGUCCUCGGCCAAGCCGGGUACGGGCAGAACCAAACAUGGUCACCGGACUUCGUCGAGGCCUUGGGAGAGGACUGGCAAGGCCCCAGAGUCUCGUACUUCAAGACGAUUGCCAUGGUUACGGACCGGUUCGUCGAGGCAGUAUUGAUUCCGAAUUCUUUGAAAAUGUUGCCUUAUAUGCCCCAGUCUCUGCGCCAACUGGGGCGCCAGAUGGUGAAGGUCCCGCAGUAUAUCACGGAGAUUUUAGAUGAGGAGCGAGACGCCAAGUCGAGUGAGGUGUCUAAGAAGCGCCACAAUUUGCUAGAUAUGCUGGUGCGAUUUGCGGACCGUGGUGAGCAGGAUUCUUCGAAGCUGUCCCUGUCUGAGGCGGAGAUUAGUGGCAACCUAUGGGUGUUUACCGCAGCUGGCUUCGACACCACAGCGAACACCAUGGGAUACGCUGUCAUGUUUCUAGCACAGUAUCCGCAGUGGCAGGACUGGAUGCGGGAGGAGUUGUCCCAACUGGACGCGAAUACUUCCUCUUGGGGAUAUGAAACGUUCUCCCAGUGCCCGCGGGUGCUUGCUGUCAUGUUCGAAACCCUCCGUCUCUUCACCCCUGUCCUUCACUCCACACGCUGCGUGGCCACGACACAGCAGAUUGCCGAUUCUGACGGCACACACGUGCUGACACCCCCGAUGAACGUGUUUGUCUCGCAGCAAAGCAUCCACAGGGACCCGAACAUCUGGGGAUCGGACGUGGAUGAGUUCCGGCCCACGCGGUGGCUCGACGGCGCCGGUCAAGUGGUGACACCGGCGAAGGGCACGUUCAUCCCGUGGUCGGCAGGGCCCAGAAUAUGUCCGGGCAUGAAGAUGUCGGAGGUGGAGUUUGUCGGGGCGAUGGCGACCCUGUUCCGGCAUGCGCGGUGCGAGCCGAUGCAGGAAGGAAAACUUCUGCAGCAGAUGGAUGACUCGAUAUCCAAGUUGACGCUGCAAGUGAGGGAGCUCCGAGAGGUGCAGUUGCGGUGGGUGCCAGCGUGA